CCAGCCAGGCGAAACUGUUGUAAAUAUAAUGCAUCUAUAAAUCAUACAAUGCUUUGCUCAAACAUGUUCAUGAAUUUUAAAAUUACAUUGUUACUUUUAAUUGGAUAUUCAUCAAUUAAUCAAUGUCUUGGGGAUCAUGGAGAAUUUUUAGACAAAGAAGAUCAAUCGUAUUCAAUAAUUAACUUUCAAGUACCCAGAGAUGUAUGGAUACAAGCAUUUGAACCAAAAACAGUUUUAAAAUCUCCCGUGACGAUUGUUGUACCGAUACAGGUGGCGGAUAAUGAUGAAAAUGAAGUAAAUAUUGAAGAGGAGGAUGAAGUAUCUGAUAUCACAACACCAGUAGAAAUAUUUGAAGAGCCUGUUAGCCAAGAACCUAUUAUAUCAAGCACACCAUCUAUAGUUACUCAAAAGCCAACAACCGUCCAAGAUCAACCUAUAGCUCCAACUGGAGGUGUAAAUGGAACUGUGAUAAGAUUCCCAUGUACGUGUUUAUCCGGUCAAUGUGGAUGCUGUACAGGGGCUAUCUUAGAAAGAUUUAAAAUGAAAACAUGUGGAAACAUAACGUUUGUCCCUGAAGACUUCGUGUUUGAUGUACGAUUAAGUGUCAACAAUAAAACUGUAGUUAGAACAAGAGUUUCUGCAAGCAAUCCACCACCUAUUUGCAUAAAUCCAAGACGUGCUCCCUUUGUAAGAGUGUGCGCAGAAAUCAGUAACAUCCGUAUACGAAACGGAAACGCAUUUGCUUGUUUAGACAUAAACGCUGACAUAGCUGGAUUCCCUGUAUAUUCUGCUUCUUUUAGAUGUUUCGGGUUUGGAUCAUCAGGAGUGCAAACAGGCCUCAAACCUAAGCCAGUAUCAUCAGGUCCAAAACCUAUCAAUUUGUUUGGAAGUGGAAGCAAUAAUAAUGGUGGGGGAUCCGUUUUGGAAACAGCUGGUGCAAUACUUGGUGGGAAUCGUAGGCCAAGUGGAGGUAUCUUCAGUGGGGGCUCAGGGGGACCUCUAGAUGCUAUUGGAGGUGCUAUUGGUGGACUCUUUGAUGGAAGAAAUUUAAAUUAGGAUUUUUUAAAACUAGUCGUGUCGUUAUUUAUGUUGUUAAUAAAGUAUCUUUUAAGAUCUACACACCUAUUACUUUAAUUAAAUGAUAUUUAAUUUAUGUA